UUCAAGAUGGCCACCUCCUGUGAGGAAGUGCGAAUAUGAACGUUUAAAACGAUGUUUCCCCUGUAAAUUUAAGGUUUUUAUGUGAACCCAAACCGGGAUUGAAAUUAUUAGAAUUAGACGUUGGUCUCGUGUAUCAAAAGUGUGUAAAUAUGUGCAUAAUUAGAGUAAAUAAGUGCAAUGUAAUUUAAGUGUAUAGCAUAGUCCAAAGAUAAGGAACUCUCCAAUGUUUUUGUGUACAAAUUGACGAAUUCAUCGUAAAAAUAACAAGAAAAAGCGGCUCGAGAAAGCCUCCAGAACCACGUUCCAAAUGCAAACAAUGGACAAAAUCCAAGUGAAGAAAGAGCCUCCGCCCACAGAUCAUCAGUCGUUAAAAGCACCUUCUGACGUUUCCGAGAUUUGUUUCGUCUGUGGUAACAAGCACCAUUCUCAGACGUACUGGCUGAACGUACAUCCUGUACCAAAUAAGCCGAAAGAACCCCAUUUUCCCUUUUUAAGUUCUCACGCACCCCCGACAGGAUACGUCCCGAAAAGUGAUAUCGCCGUUCCUGCUUGCUACCUCUGUUACAAUUUGCUUAUAAAACAAUGGGACGCUCAUGAAUUAACCGCUCGGCCUCAUUCGGAAAGGCUUUAUUGGUUGAAAAGAGUCGAUAAUGGGCCGUACACGGGGGCCGAUAUGGGCGUCCAGGGGGAAUACGCUGCUCAAGUUAUAGGUUUGAACAAUGAAAAUAGUACCGGAAGUAACGUUAGACCUCCGAGCAGAAGAGAGGAUGUUAAAGUGGAAAUUUCGCCGAGGCCUUCACAGAUCGUGAGCGAGAACCGUGAGCAGGCCGAUAUGAUCCCUGAAGGUGCUCCUCUGGACUUGACACACAGCCAGCCUUCACUCCAGUCGCUUCCAGUAUUCCACAACCAGAAUUCGAACUCGUCGACCGGAACGGAUAUCCUCGACCUGAGUAUGCCUGACAAGAACUCGACGACGGAAGUGUGUUACGUCUGCGGCGACGGUUUUCCGCGCGGCAGCCUCGAGACCAUCGCCGCCAAGCAGCUGCCCGACUCUCCAGUGCAGCCGUUUUUCCCCAGUUUGAUCGAGCACCCGCGCCCCAGCCGCUCGCGCCCUAUCGACUCCGGCGGCCGGGUGCAGGCCUGCACCGAGUGCCAAAAACACCUCAUCAAGCAGUGGCAGGCCUUUCAAGCCCAACGGGUGCCCCAUUCCGAGCGGAACUACACGCUGAGGAAACGACAAUCGUCGACUUUGGACACUACGACUUUUAUAUGUUAUACUUGUGCCUUGGAAUAUCCUUCCAGUAGCAUACGGUUGCUCUAUUGUUGUCCGAAUGCCGAAAAGGAAAAGUAUUAUCCGUUUAUACAGACGCUGAAGGCGCCGCCGGGCGCCAGCCCCAUAAGUCCGCAAGGGAUGGUUCAAGUGUGUUAUAUCUGUUAUAAGGCCAUACCACAAAAACAUCAGGUGUUUGGUGGUGAUCCUAGUGCUAUUGUUAAUAAUCAUGUGUCGGUGACUGACGUGCAGUAUCACAAUAGUACUUCCUCGAGGCCAAGUACGGUUAAAUCGCCUGCCAAUAGUGCCGGUUCCGAUAUUAGAUAUAAGCCUUACGACAUUAAUCCUGCUAUUAUCACGAGUAAGAAGAAACAAGCCGCCUUGGAAAGUCGACAAUUGAUGAAGGCGAGCAUGGCUUCGAGAACCACCUCACCUGCCCCCGACGUCAAUGGUCAACCGUUGACCCAGAGUUACAGAUGCUACAUUUGCGCAGGUCUUUUUCCUCGAACCCAAAUGGAAUGGUUGAGUACUUCGCCUGAGGGAAUGAAUUCACACGCUAUGCAUUUCCCUUGUCUUCGAAACGUCGCAAGGACUUCGGAAAAUAGCUGUAUGGACUCUCACGGACGAGUACUCAGCUGUACCAGAUGUGUUAACCAUUUGGCUCAACAGUGGGAAACGUACGAGAACGAAAGAUUACCUCUGGAAAGACGGAGGUAUGAAAUUCCAAUACCUGAUCCUUCGACGUCGAACGGCGAUAGAGGGAUUCCUACACCUCCAAGUACAAACAGUGAAAGGACAAUAGCAAGUAAUCCAGGAGGGAGCAGCAUCUACUGUUUUCUUUGUGGAUUACAUUCGGAGUUUACUUUAGCUAGAGUGGUCUAUGGUAGACCACAAGGACGCAAUGCUCCUUAUUUUCCCUAUCUUCUUCAACGUGUCAGUCCUCCAAACACUGAACAGUUGCGAGAAGAUGGUUCAGCUCUAGUCUGUACAUUCUGUUACCACAGUUUAGUGAGUCAAUGGAGGAGAUAUGAAGCUCAAGGAGCCGCAGCUCCUCCUGCUGACAAACGUGAAUACAACACUCACGAUUACUGUUGUUACGUCUGCGGGAUUACUACCUACAGAAAACGCGUGAGGGCGCUGUUAAUCAAGGAUUUUCCGUUUCUCAGGUUUCAUCCCCAACCUGAGCGUUCUUUAUUGUUGGAAAACGGCGAUUAUGCUGUUGUUUGUUUGGAUUGUUAUGAAACAUUAAGAACGCAAAGUUUAGAAUAUGAAAGGUGGGGGUUACCAUUAGAUAAACGUCAGUAUAAUUGGAUAACGCAACCUCCGCCUCCUGAAGAUAGUCCGGAAGCCACAAUCGCAAGACUGCCGAGUGGACAACGAAGUGAUAAAGUUGUCCCUCCGACUUUUUUGGCUAAACCGACAAAGAAAAAUUGUUCACCGAAAUUGGUGGAGAGGAAGUCUGGAACGAAAUCGGAACCUGCAGUACCCAACAGUCCCAAAAUUGUGGCUUCUACAAAUGGCAACACUAAACCACGGGUUACCACCGGCCAUGCAGUCCCAGGUCCCGGCCCCGGGACUCAGUCUCAAAGCUCGCAUUCUUUCGCGGCGGCAUUACGUAACUUAGCUCAACAAUCAGUCCCUGGUAGCGAACAUUCAUCAACCACACCAUCAACCCAAGAGCCAUUACGCCGAGAAUCAGCCAGCGUCCCAGUUACGGAGAAGCCAAAAGUCACCACUGAAUUACCUUUGUACGCAACGUCAUCUAUACGACCACCCGAAACUCGAAUGUCGGUAGGAAAUUCAAGCGAUAGAUAUCCACAGGCUUGUUUAACCGAUUUAGGACGAAGCGGUUUUCAACCGUAUCGUCCUGAAGAAAGGAUUCCGCCGGUUCCUAUAGGAUUAGACGUACCAGGAUAUCCACCAUAUCCGUAUCAAUCGCUUCCGAUAAUAGACGAACAGCUUUAUUAUGAUCGAAUGGGGUUGUUGAGGCCACCGUGGACGCCUUUAGGGGCGGCGUAUUUGCCGUAUAUGAUUCCGGGGGCGUCCAUGCCGAUGUAUCUACAUGAAAGGUUAAAGAUGGAAGAGGAGCACCGGCGGUUGGCGGCGGCCCGCAAGGAUGAGCACAGCGAACGCGAGUUGUUAGAACAGCGUGAGCUUUUGCAGCAGCAGCGAGAACGCGAGCAGCGAGAGAAAGAGAGGGCUCAACGUGACCGUGAGAAAGCUCAACAAGCUCGGAUAUCCCCUCACAUGACUCCGUCUCAUCUCUCGGCGCAAUCCCCGAUGAUGCUUCCGAUGUUACAUUCCGGUCCAAUGUUACCAUCGACUCCUCUCAGCCUGACUUCGACAACCCGUCAAUCGCCCCUCAGUGCUGGUUUUCUAACUCCUAGUUCUCUGUCGCACAAUUAUUCCGUUCCGCGUUCGAGUCCAUCGCUACAACGACAUUCUCCUCAUACGAAUCUACAUUCUGGCUCCGGUUAUGGGACGCUCAAUUUGAGUCAGCAGAGACAAUCACCGAUCAUUCAGCCGUCGGGGCCUCUGAUUAAUAAUGCGAGUUUAGGACAGUUAUCUAGUCAAGCACCGAAACCACCGACACCCAAGUCGAGUACAGUGCCUAAGAUUAGUGUGGCGUCGUCGACGAUUACGAGUACGAGUGUGGUUAAUUCGAAUUCGGCGAGUGAUGUGACCAAAACUGUCGAUGAUCGGCCGACUGCUUCAAGCGCAGCCAGGAAGCCUACCAUAGCACCGAAUCCGCUUUAUCAACUUAAUACACAAGCAGAACUUCAAAAUGUCCCCCUACCGAGUAGCAACAAAAUUAUUUUAAAAUCGAACGGUCAAGAAUCGCAAAAAUGUAAACCAUCUCCGUACAACAUUGACUAUAUCGUAAAGGAUUUGGCCACGCCGAAACAACCCAAGGAACAAUCUGAAUCUCUGCCGAAGAAUGGUGCUAAAAUCAAAAACGAAAGUAUGGAAGUUGUCGCGCAAAAAGAAGAGAAAAAACCGAAGGAAGAAGGCCGAUUUUUCGACAGCGUAUAUUCAGAUAUGAGUUCCGAGGUGAAACACCCUAGCACGCCGGUGAACAAUGUCAGUCAGCAGACCCAUAGUCCGCAACUGCCGGUGCCAUCCCCUAACUUACCGAUUGAACCGAAAGAAUGCCAUAAACAGGUCCUACCAAAUACUUUUGUUCCUACCAUAAAUAAUAAUUAUAUAAGCGCACCUCAUAGUACUAGUCAGAAUGAAUUACGUAAGACAGACUGUUUCGAGACACAUUCCACGGACUUGCCGCCGGAAAAGGCGAACAAUUCCGCUAAAAACGCGCCACCGUUGACGUUAAAACCAAUCAAUAAACUGUGCAACACCACUGACGGUGUCGAAAACGCCACCUACCAGAAACCGACGAGCGAAAGCUCAUCUUUCACCGUACUUAACAUACCGAAUUUGAAUUUCCAAGCGCCGCCGAUAAAGCGACAAAAAUUGAGCAAAAUCGACGUCGCGACGUUAAGGAGGAAAAUCAGACGACAGAAGCGCCUAAUCAAGCCCAAAGAACCGAAGAUAAUCAACGAUAACAAUACGAAAGUAACCGUAGAUUUCGGAGUGUCCGUUUUCGGCUAUUCGGAGAAUUCCAGUUCCAGUUCAUUGUCCAGCUCGGAGGGUGAGAGCGAGGGGCCGGAGGUCGAUUUGUGGAUUAAAUCGGGACCGCCGUGCAAACUCGAUCUGAGACCCGAGAAAGUCAGAUUCUUGGAGAUAUUUGGACUCACGACACAUACAAAAAAGAAUUAUGUUGAACUGGAAAAGUUGGAAAGACGAAAAUGGCAGCCGACUUGGAACAUUGCCGUCGAAGAUAACGAUCGUGUCGUUCCGUUAAAUUUACCAGUGCCUUUGCAGUCACCCUCUGUCUUAAACACUUUGCCGGAUUUUCGAAUGAAAAACAAUUUUUUGCAGCUUUUGGGACUGCGAAACGUUCCUGUCCAAAUGAGGCAAGAGUUGGAAAAGACAUGGAUCAAAAUCGUUGAAGAACGAAUACGAAGGAACUGCGAAUCAGCUUUAACGAAAUACACCAUUAAAGCGUACAAAAAGCAUAAAGCCGUUAAUAAAUUAAAACCAAAUGGCCUAAUUGAAACUAACCAUAACAAUAAUUGUGCCGAUAUCGCGUUUAAAAUUCCCAUAGUUCACCAGUAUGGGCAAACGAUUCCGACUAUUAAACAAGAAGAGCCGUUGAACAAUUCGAAAAAUAUCGAAUACAACUAUGUCCCUCUGACGAUGGUUUUAGUGGAACAUCCGAAAAACAGUCGGAUGGAGAGUGACGUCAAAAUUGAAGAAGUUAAAUCUGAAGAAACGGAAAAACCUAAAUUAUUGAAGUGGCCUGGGAUUCAAGAGAUUAUGGAGUCGUAUCAAGCUUUUUCAAAAGAACGUGAAGGGGAGAUUGAGACUUUAACAAAGCGUUGUACUUCUUUGAAAGAAGAAGUAAUAAUGAAGCAGUUCGAGGUCAAGUACCUUGAGCGUCGGCAGAGGGAGCUGCAUUCGACGUUAUUUCUAACGGAGCAAGAAAGAAAGCGACUACAAAAAAUGAUCGACCAAUUAAACAAUAUCGUCAAUGCUUUUAGGUAGCAUAAGAUUAACAACAAUUUGAUGGAUAAAUUAUACUUUUAAUUGUUUAACAUUUUUUGUUGAUUUACAUAACAGUAUCUCAAUUUCAAGUGUAGAACGCUCUUCUACCUAUCACUAGAGUGGACGUAUUGAAACUGAGAUAUAUACCUGUAUGAAUUGUUUUUUUUUGUACUAUUGUUAUCUAAUCGGACCAAGUUCAGAAUUUGAUUUGUUGUAUUUUUUAUUACGUUUCUUGGUUUAAUCACAUUGUUGAGUGAUGUCGAUUUUUUAUUAAAUGAAACUAAAUUUAAAAGACUGUGAUGGGAAUAUUAAAAACAAAAUGGUGGGUUUUAUACUUUUUAAAAAUCAUUAUUAUUAAAAAAUAAAAUAGUAUUAUGUGAAAGCUUCCAAAACUUAACCGCGUUGUAAUUAUUUUUAAGGUUUUCGAAUAUAAAUCAUAAACCGAAUUUAAGAGGAGAACUAUGUUUAUUUGGUAUGUUUAUUUUUACGGGUGUUUUUAGUUGUAAGUAGGAGAGAGUGGUGUUCACUUAUUCUGUGAUAAUACAAUUUUAGUAAUCGUAACGUAAAAAACUGUUUCUAGCAUGACAAACUUAAUAAAUGUACAGAAGUA